AUGGGGCCUCUCCGCACUGUCGUCCUGGUGAUCCUGGGCAUCUCAUCUCUGACCUUCAUCGCUCUUUUUGGGCGCCUGCCUGUUUUUAGCUACAUAUUACAUGAAAACCACCCCUUGGUUCUGAUCUUUUUCUUGGGCUUGCUUGCCAUAGGCGAGUAUUUCUUUCUCCCGACGGCAUGGCCUUGGAUGUCAAGCAUCCACAAAUUCUGGGUUCCGGGGGUUGUGAUCCUACCCUUCGUCCUCAUUUACAAGUGUGUCGUUACCAAGUCUUUCAUCACGUCGCAGAACCACGACGAAGAGAUGAAACGGUAUCCGUACGAUCGUGUCCUCUUCCACCCGGGACAACGAUGCCGCACAUGUCACUUCCUCAAACCCGCACGCAGCAAACACUGCAAUAUCUGCCGGGCGUGUGUGUCUCGUCAUGACCAUCAUUGUGUUUGGUUGAUGAACUGCAUCGGGGCCAACAACUAUGUUUAUUUUCUCUCGCUGCUGCUCUCGCUUUCGGUUCUACUGACCUAUGGUACUUUGCUUGGCUAUUCACUCCUAAGCCAGACGCUGCAAGAAAUUGUUCCAUCAGAGUAUCAGGCAGCCAUGAAGGGCUGGAAGAUGUAUUUCAACAUCUGGGCCGUCGUCAUUACAGCCGACGCUAAGAUCGGCACUGUUACUCUGCUGAUGUUGAUGACCGCUCCACUGGCAGCGGCUUUCUUGGUUUACCAUACAUAUCUUGUUUGGGCAGGCAUGACAACUAACGAGAGCGCGAAGUGGUCAGACUGGAAAUGCGACGUGGAAGAUAAACUUGUCUUCAAGGCCAAACGGAGUCAGAUCCCUGGAGCGCCCCGGUAUAUGGACCUCGGAGAUCAACCGUGGCCGGUAGACAGUGACCAGAUCCUUGUACUGGAUGACGAGCCGCCAGCGGAUGGCUAUAUCCUGUCUACGGACUCCAACUUCAUCAAAUAUCACAGUAGACCCGGUGCACCGGUGGACGGAUGGGAACGAACUGACUCUAUGGGCGACAUCGUUAACAUCUACGACCUGGGAUUUUGGAACAACCUUAAAGAUUCCGUUGGAUUACCAGUACGGCGGAAAUGGUGA